AUAGUACAAAAAAUGCUUAAAAUUGUUUUUCACCAAAACUAACGGUAUACAUACCGUUGCCUAAACUAGGCAAAACACAUAUUAGAUUGCAUUUAAACUGGUAAAUGUCCUAAUAAUUUAAAACUUGCAUUAACAAUAAAUUUAGUUGCCAAUAAUAUAACUUUUAAAUUGCGUAUUUUAAGUAUGUACAUAGUUAAGAAUAUUUAUUCGGGCCAUAAAUGUGUAUUUUAAAGUUGUUUAUAUUUAGACCAAAUACUGAUAUUUUAAUAAACGUUUUGGGUCGUGAGAAAUAUCACAUUAUUGUGUCCAGCUGAAUCAGACAACAGCUGAAGACCACAUGCCAAUUCCCAAGAUAAUGGUGCAGCACGCGCAAAACAACCGAGAGUACCGUAGUACAUUUGGUAUGUCGCCUUUAGAGCAUUCAUUGCAUAGUGUUAAACCGUAGAUUAAAUCAUAGUUAUGGGUUUGAUUUUAGUGAAAUUUCUACUCCCUGCAAUUAGUAGUGGCGCUUUUUUUAUACCAGGAAUCUUUGCUACGAAGAAAAGGCUUUUCACGUUAGCAUUUCUUUACAUUUUCACUGCUUUCUUCCAACUGUUUUUCCACCUCUGCACAACUCCAUUGUUGUCUCUUCUGUUUUGCUUGAUGGGAAAAAAGCUUUUGACAUUCUUCUCCACGUAUGGACUAGUGCUAUCGAUAUACUCCACACUUACACAAUUAACAAGAUAUACCGAUGAUCGAAAGCACUCAGCUGUGGUAUGUGGUGGCUUGCUUAUUGGCGUGAGGAUAUUCCAGGAAAAUGAAGGACCUGGUGUUUAUGCUGGUCCACUAAUAACUGGCGGCCUACUGCUUGCGAUAUCCUGGGGUCAAGAAAUGUACCGAUCCAAGGCUUUAUAUCCGGAUAAAGAGAAAUGGUUGAAGAUAAUUUUACCAUCGUUUGCACUUGGAGCUGUUUCUCUACUUCUACUUUGUGUUUUUCAAAACAGUUGGAAUUAUGCUUUUGUUCAUUCCAUCCACCACUUAUUAAUGUCAGCUGCCAUCACAAUUAUCCUUCGGCUCGUGGAAGACGGAGAGAAGCAAGAUAAAUGUUGUGGUUUAUCCAUUGCAUGUUGUAUAUGUUGA